AAUGAAAUUUAUCCCUCGCUUUUCACUACACAUUGUUCGUUGCUUCCCUGCUCCUCUCACUCCUCUUCCUUCCUUUGCUUCUUCUUGCUCUUUUCCUCUUUCUUUAACACCAAUUUCUUGCAGAAACUCAGUGUGUUCGACGAAAUGCCUGAGCGAUGCUCUCGCUCACUGCUACGCAUGCCCACAUUCCAAAGUCGGACCACGGUUUCUCGCGUUUGAAUUAUCCUCUCAUUUCUUCUCCGGUUUUCAUGCAUAAUUCCAGAAAUGGGGUGAAAAGGUAUAGACAUUUUACUGGGUUUAUAGAAGUGAAAAAUUGGGGGAAAGUGGAGGGGGUUUUCGAUGAUUCUUGGUGUUUCUGGUGUAAACGGUUUGAAGGGGACAGAGAGUUGGAUGGGGAGAUUAUUAAGUUUAUGGAGAAAUCUGAGAAGCCGAAGAUGUUUCCUACCGAGGAAGAGUUGUUAAGAGCGGGAAGAAUGGAUUUGGUGGAGGCUAUAAAGAAGAUGGGCGGGUGGUAUUCUCUCGGUUGGGAUGAAGAAAAUGUGGGGUUUAAUGUUGAAGAAGCAAAGGAAGAUGAUAUUGGGGAGUUUCGGAGGAGAGUUGAGAUUGAGAAUCAUAUAGAGAUUGCUGCUUUGAGAGAAGAAUAUUAUAAUUCUUUUCCUGGUCUUGGGGAAGACUAUGGUUUUUCUUCUGCAGUGGAUUCUAGUCCUGGGACGUUGAAUUCUUUGCAGCUGCCUUCUUCAGCAUCGCUGGAUAGAUCACUAGAAGUUGAUCUUGGUGUAGCUACGGGGAUUGAGAGUAUAUUGAUUGGACUGGAGAAGCAGAGAAAUACUGAUUUUGGAAUCAAUUUGAAGUAUGACCAUGACACUCAUGCUAAAAGUAAAGAUGAGGGGGAUGACAGGGAUUUCAGUGCAGCUAUAGAUGGGGCUAGGACUGCCCUUGGAGGGAGCAACGUAUGGAGGCUCGCUUUCCAGCACAAGGGCAUAUUCAACACCUUCAGUCGCAAGAUUAGCCCCGGUUAUCAAGUUGGGUUCCAACAUGCUCUGAUUGAAGCUGCUGAAAUUUCUUUCAGCAAAAAUCAAGUCGAAAAUAAUCAAGAAACUUAUCAUGAUGGAAUAACUGUAACCACUGAAGAAUAUGCAGAAGCUUGUAGCAGACAUGAAGGUACCAAUCACAAUCAAAUACGAACUCGCCUUCAGCAUCUAGAACUUGAGCUUACCACAGCUCUUUGUUUCCUGAGGUCCAAAAGGGAACAGUCGUUUCCGGAGGAGGUAACUGGAAGCUCUAGUGCUUCACAGAAGCUUUCUGAUGCAUGGGAGUUCCAAGAGAAUGAGUUCAUGAGUGCCCAGGAUGCACUUAGAUCAAUAAGAUCCAAGCUUGCUGUAUUAGAGGGGAAAAUGGCAUUAGCAAUAAUUGAUGCACAAAAGUUAGUGAAAGAGAAGCAAAAGAGGAUAGAUACUGCCCACAAAGCCUUGCAACUUCUUCGCACUACCUCCAUAAUGUGGCCUAGUUCAGCAUCAGAGGUUCUCUUAGCAGGAUCUUUCGAUGGAUGGACAACUCAGCAAUGCUUUAGAAUUAUGGAAUCUUGAUCGGUAGAGGGAUUGCAUGACACGCAUUUGCAGAGAAAGAUGGAGAGAUCAAGGACAGGCAUCUUUUCUGUAAGCUUAAAGCUCUAUCCAGGUAAAUACGAGGUAGGUUGACGGGUGUGCCUUUGACAAUUUCUUCGUGUUCACCUUUGAUUAACAUCAUUACCAGUGACUUUAUUAUAACCUGUAGAUCAAGUUCAUUGUUGAUGGCAUAUGGAAGGUUGAUCCUCUGCACCCCAUCAUCAAUUAUAACGGAUAUGAAAAUAACCUUCUUAUUGUUGCAUGAGUUGCGCAACCCUGCUACAUCAGGAAUGGGAAAUAUUUCUUACAGUCCUUCACCGAAGAACUGAAGAAACUGGUGUACAGCUUGUUAUACUAUUUCAUGCAAGUAGAAUAGAGAGAGCUAUAGGUAACAAAUUGUCAUUCUUUUACUAAUUUAAGUCAAAACGUUCUGCUACUAUUUCUAUCUGCCUUAAUCUGUAUCUUGGUCAUGUAAACAUCGUAACUUCUUGUAUCUUGCGAAAUUUGAUUUAUUCUUUCAUAUGCAUCUCUACUUUUUAAUUGCAGAUUGCCUUGCUUUCCUUCUGUAAGCUAAAAUAGCAGAUUAACUGGUCACACCAUUGUCUUCAGUUCUCAAGAAAAACGUUCAAUCAACAUAAGACAUUCAAUAGUCCCACCUCACGAAAAAAAAGCACAUUAUUGCUCAAACAAAACAGCAGAUUAACUUCUCUUUUGCUCUUCAGCCUGUUACCCAACAAAUCUCUGUUUACGACGGACACAGACAUAGAGCUACAUAGAAAAAUAAUACCUUAUAUAUCACAUUGCAAAGUGAAAACAGAAACUGUAUUAAUCUCAGUUCACAAACUCAAGCAAACUAGAUCCCGAAUUAAACUUCCCCCACUCUCAAUAGAAAAACACAUUCUCUUAUCUCAAAAAGAGCAAUCAAAUCUGAACCCUCAAGUUACUCAGAAAUGAAAAUCUUAACUCUAAACUAU